AUGUUCUGGGCCUGGGCGGGCGUGACGGCGCUGCUGCUCGUAGGAGCACUCGGUGUCCUGAUCCACGAUGUGAUACUAUGGAAGCGUAUGCCUCCCGGGCCUCAGCCGCUCCCCUUCGUGGGCAACAAGUUCGACAUCCCGUCCAAAUACCCAUGGAUCCAAUUCCAAGAAUGGUCCAAAAAAUACGGCCCGAUAUUCACGCUCUGGCUGGGCCGUCGGCCAACAGUGAUCAUCUCUGACCCUGUCAUCGCAUCCGAACUCCUCGAAAAGCGCUCCCACAAGUACAGCUCGCGGCCGCGGUUCGUCGUCAUGGGCGAGAUCUACAGCCAAAACAGCGGCAUUCUCGUGGCCAAGUACGGCAAAGACUGGUCUGUCCGGCGCAAGGUCCUCCACAGCGUCCUCACCCAGAAGGCCCUGCAACAGUACAAACCCGUGCAAGAAGCCGAGGCUGUGCGCCUCUGCCAGAUGCUGGUCGACAACCCACAGGACUUUGAGAGCCUAUUGGACCGCUUCACGGCGUCCAUCGUCUUCACCAUCGCCUACGGUCACCGCAUCGACAGCAUGCAGUCCCCGAUCAUCCGCCAGCGCCUGAAGUUGAUGCACAUCAUGGCGUCCCUGAACGUGCCAGGCCGGUACCUAGCCGAGUCGUUCCCGAUCCUCGCACGCGUGCCAGAGGCGCUGGCCUCGUGGAAGCGCCAGGUCCGCGGCUGGGGCGACGAGAAUGAACAAGCCGACAAACAACUCAUGAACUACGUGCGCGAAGACAUGGAGAACGCCAAAAAGCCCGGCGCCCCUCCUCUAGCCCCGAGCCUAGCCAGGCAACUGCUCGAGCAGCGCGCCGCCGACCCCGCGACCUUCGCGCUCCUCGGCGAGCGCGACUUCAACGGCCUCCCCGCUAGCAUCUUCGGCGCCGGCGCCGACACCACGGCCAGCACGCUGUGCAGCGCCAUCCUCGCCCUCGUGACCCACCAGGAGGUUCUGCCGGCCGCGCACGCGGAGCUGGACGCCGUUGUCGGCCCCAACCGCCUGCCCCUGUACUCGGACGAGCCCUCGCUGCCGUACAUCCGCGCACUGUGCAAGGAGGCGCUGCGCUGGCGGCCCGUUGCCGUCCUGGGUGGCACGCCGCACGCGAGCACCGAACCGGACACCUACAAGGGCUGGUACAUCCCCACGGGGACCAACAUCCUGGGCAACAGCUGGGCCAUCAACCUCAACCCCGAAUACUACCCGAACCCGGACCACUUCAAUCCGCUGCGCUUCCUCGACGCGGACCCGCACGCCCUAGGCUACCUGCCCAAGGAAUACCUGGCCAGCACGCCGCGCGAGAACGACGGCCUCGUCCACCCGUCGCGGCUCGGCCACUCGAGCUUCGGCUGGGGCAGGCGCAUCUGCCCUGGCGCCGACCUCGCGAGCAACAACCUCUUCAUCGCCAUCGCGCACCUGCUGUGGUGUUUCGACAUCAAGCCGGCCAAGGGUGUCGUUUACGACACGUACAAUUACACCGAGGGGUUCAACAUUCGGCCCCAGCCGUACCAAUGCGAGAUCACGAUCCGCAGCGAGAAGCACAAGGAGGUGCUGCAGCGGGAGUUUGUGCAGGCGAGGGAUCAUCUGAUGAGGAACUUCCCGCUGUUCAAGGAGCAUGAGAUUGUGGUUUGA